GGCAUCACGUGAGCAACCGUGGUCACGUGAGCACGGUUUUUGCUGGGCUCCAGCAGCAGCUUCUUCCCGGAGUUGCUGUCACUGUCUUCUCCUGAUCUCCCGCCGGCCGGAUGGAGGAGGAAGAUGAAGAAGCGAGGGCGCUGCUGCCAAGCAGCCCCGUCAAGGCCGGCAGAGGUGCCUCCAACACUCCCGACGCUCCCAGGGCGCUGUCCGCCCUCUGCGACCCCAGUCACCUGGCGCACCGGCUUUUGGUGCUGUUGCUGAUGUGCUUCCUUGGCUUCGGCAGCUAUUUUUGCUAUGAUAAUCCUGCUGCCCUUCAGACUCAGGUUAAACGGGAUAUGCAGGUGAAUACCACAAAAUUCAUGCUGCUGUAUGCCUGGUAUUCUUGGCCCAAUGUAAUUUUGUGUUUCUUUGGUGGCUUUUUGACAGACCGAGUGUUUGGAAUACGGUGGGGCACCAUUAUUUUUAGUUGCUUUGUUUGCAUUGGACAGGUUAUUUUUGCUCUGGGUGGAAUAUUUAAUGCUUUUUGGCUGAUGGAACUUGGAAGGUUUGUGUUUGGGAUUGGUGGAGAGUCCUUAGCAGUUGCCCAGAAUACAUAUGCUGUGAGUUGGUUUAAAGGCAAAGAAUUAAACUUGGUAUUUGGACUCCAGCUUAGCAUGGCUAGAAUUGGAAGUACAGUAAACAUGAACCUCAUGGGAUGGCUGUAUUCUAAGGUUGAAGCUUCAUUGGGUUCUGCUGGUCACACAACCCUUGGGGUCACACUUCUGAUCGGGGGUAUAACAUGUAUUCUUUCACUGGUCUGUGCCUUGGCCCUUGCUUACUUGGAUCAGAGAGCAGAAAGAAUCCUUCAUAAAGAACAAGGAAAAACAGGUGAAGUUAUUAAGUUAACUGAUGUGAAGGACUUCUCUUUACCCUUAUGGCUCAUAUUUAUCAUCUGUGUCUGCUAUUAUGUGGCCGUGUUCCCUUUCAUUGGACUUGGCAAAGUUUUCUUUACAGAAAAAUUUGGAUUUUCCUCCCAGGCAGCAAGUGCUAUUAACAGUAUUGUGUAUGUAAUAUCGGCUCCCAUGUCCCCCAUAUUUGGGCUUCUGGUGGAUAAAACAGGAAAGAACAUCAUCUGGGUUCUGUGUGCAGUGGUGACCACUCUUGCUUCCCACAUGUUGCUGGCCUUUACCCUGUGGAACCCUUGGAUUGCUAUGUGUCUCCUGGGACUCUCCUACUCACUGCUUGCCUGUGCAUUGUGGCCAAUGGUGGCAUUUGUAGUUCCUGAACAUCAACUGGGAACUGCGUAUGGCUUCAUGCAGUCCAUUCAGAAUCUUGGGUUGGCAGUCAUUUCCAUCAUUGCCGGCAUGAUAUUGGAUACUCGGGGAUAUUUGUUUUUAGAAGUGUUCUUCAUUGCCUGUGUUUCUUUGUCACUUUUAUCUGUGGUCUUACUCUACUUGGUGAAUCGUGCCCAAGGUGGGACGCUAAAUUAUUCUGCAACACAAAGGGAAGAAAUAAAACUUUCUCAUGCAGAAUGAGAAGUUUAAAAGACUGUCUUGAGAAUGGGCUGCACACAUCAUUGGUUUGAAAACCUCUUUUUUUUUUUAAUUUAGAGUUUAGUCACUAGGGAAAAUAAUGGUCUGGAGAGUUAUUAUAUUUAUAUUUUGAAACAACCUACUUUGAAGUACAAUUAUGAGGACUGUUUAGCCUGUGUUUCUGUAUUACUGAAGAAUUCUGAUUUAGAAUAGACUAAUUGAUGAAGUUUAGAAAAUUGCAAAUGGUACAUGCAGGUGAUUGUAAGGACAGCAAAUAACAGAAAUCUUCGCAUCUGGCAUUGAGAUAAUUUUCACAAAGUGUACCUUAGGGGAUAUGGCCUUUUCUUUAUCUUAAAGCAAAAAAAAAAAAAAAACUUUUGAGAGGGUAGAAGGAAUUUUUUUAUAUAGAAUAAACAAUGGCGUUUUAAUAGGCAGUCCCUUUUAUAAUAGGAAAUAUUUGACAGAUAUUUUUAUGAAGUCUCAUUUUCACAAAAAGCAGAUUGUGUUCUACUUUCUUUAGUGACGAGAGGUUGCUGAGCAGUGACCCUUUUGAGCUUCUUUAACUCUUUGUUACCGAGGACCCUAAUCCCUUAGGGACAUGAUUUUGUGGUACAAACUUUCUGUAUGGGUUUUUUUAAGAGUCCACUCAAUUACUAAAGUGUCCUGGAAAUUAUAAUUGCAUACCUACAAAGAUAAAUAAAAAUGCUGCAACAGGAA